AUGGACCGCCCAGACCUCGACCAGGAGGCCUCCGGCUCGGGCUCGACCUCCCAGCCCUUCAAUUUCUCCUCCCCUACCAUGCAGAACCAGAUCCACGAGCUGGCGAAGACUCUGCCACCGCCCAGGAAGCAGAACACUGCCUGCGAUGCCUGCAGAGCGCGGAAGGUCAAGUGCAAUCAAGUACCCGGUCAAGACAAGUGUCAGCACUGUCUCUCUAAGAACUACCCAUGCACCCACCUCAUUCAGCAAGCGACCACUGAGAAGAAGCGUAAUGCUGCUGCGGCCAAGAGACCGCGAACGCUUUCCGCGAGCAGCUCGAGCCAGCCCUCUAGUUCACGACCCGGUCCCGCCGAGCACAUGGCCGCAUCCGCACUUCCAGGCACUGCACAUGCCUAUCAGGCCCCCGGGUCAAACUUCCCACAACAGGGCCAAUUCCCUCCUGCGCAUGUCAUCACGAUAGAUACGCAAACACGCGAUCUGUUGACAUUCAUAUUCUCGCCGCCGGAUCCAAGCCCGGGGAACGGUUUUACGAAUGGCUCGGCUCACAUUCGUAUAAGCGGUAGCCCAUCCCCGUCGGCCUACGCGGAUUGGGGUGCGCUAGCGCACCGCUUGAACGAAGAAAACUUUCGCAUAGAGUUUGCGCUUGACCUCGUGGAGGUGUUCUUCCAGAUUGUGCACACCCGGCUGCCACUGCUCAACCCCGCGCAGUUCCGGUCGAGGCUGCACUACAGCCUAUAUGCUACCGGAUCACAGAACGGAAGCACGUCGCCGAGCACCCCGACGGCGAACACGGUGGCGCAGCAACAACGUACACGAAACAGCAGCAGCCCGCUCGGCGGACAGUCGGCGCAGUACCCGCCACAAAGACCACUUCACCCAGCUCUCGUCGCCACCGUCAUCGCAUGGGGCGCCAAAUUUUCGGAACACCCCUUGUUUAUCGCCGACCGCCACCGAAAUGGGGACCAGAGCGCAUUUGCGAAAGUCUUGAUUAACCGUGCCCGGGAUCUCGCAGAAGACAUGAAGGUGCACCGGAUCCCAAAUGCCGACCACGUAGUGAUCGCACUCUUGAUCGAGCCCCUGCAGAGUCAGAGCCUGGAAGACAAUGCAGGUUUCCAUGGCUUCUGGCUGGGGUCCGCCAUCCGUCUGCUUCUUGAUCUACAGAUUAACCACAAAUCAGUCAUGUCCAACAUUCACGACCCGGAGGCACGAGGAACCAUGAUCUUUGCUUGGUGGAUGGCGUGUCUCGCGGAUGCGUACCGCAGCGUCUACUACCGGCGAAAACCUAUGCUAGAUGACGAUGAUUACGACAUCGACUUCUAUACAGUUGGGCCAGUGCCCCCCGAUAUCAUCGAAUCGCACUCCCCGCAACCGUCGCCGAGGGAACAGCUAGAGUUCUUGGUAAGGCAUCCCUCAACCGCGCGCAAGCCCUUCUCUGGUCUCGUGCACCCGCUGACCGAUGGACGCGCGCUCUAUACUCAGGGUUACUACCGCGCUGCGCAUGCACUGGCACGUAUCGCGCGGCAGAUGUCCCGCCAACUGUGGCGGCCCGCCACCGAGUCGGACGGGAUCCCCAUCGACGUGUUGACAAACUUCAUGACCAUUCUAAACGAGUGGCGCGAUGAUCACCUCCAGCACGUCGGUGUCCCGACCAACUUCGAGGCGGAGUGGGACUUCGUAAGUGCUGUGACAGCUUGUGCCAGCGAUGCGACCUACCAUAUCAUGUGGAUCGUUCUCUGCAACGCGCUGGACGACUUUGGCAUCCGCGAGGCGAAUGUAGGGCGCGCGGGCACUCCGGACGCAGCCGUGAUUCAGCUCGCAGAAGAGAAGAAGCGGAAAGUUAUGGCCGAGGCGUUACAUGGGGCGUUGCGCAUUGCGGGUCUGGCCGGUGUUCUCGCGACGAACGGAUACCUGCGACUGGACUGCGCGGUGAUGCACGUCAGCUGUAUCCAGGCGGGCAUGCUCCUCGCGCGGCUGGGGCGUCCGGAAGUCUCGAACUGCAUCACCGGGCUCGAGCAGUAUGCGUACGCGUACGAGGAGUGCGCCGAUCAGGCCGCGGAGAUCAAGCGCGUGUACCACCACGCGCUCGCGGGCGAGACGGAGCUGAACCAUAUGGCGUCCGCCGUGCCACGCCCCGGGCAGGAGAACGCGAUGAACGUCGACCAGCCCAUCAUCUUCGGUGGCUUCCAGUGA